CUUCCUCUAACCCCCAUCCGGGCUCCCCUCCCCUCUUUGCAAGCCAGGCAGAAGAGGUCCAGCCGGCUUUGGGCACAGAGCAGAGGAGCCGAGAGAGAGGCCUCUUGACUGGUGACGUACCUGCACCUGCUUUCCUGCUCCUGAGAAUGAAGGCCGUGUCGCUCUUUCUGCUCUGCCUCCCAGCCCUCCUGGCCCAAGGACAGUACGACAUCGAGGACCCGGCCUACCAUGACACGCCCUACGUCCCCUACGAAAUAGAGAGCCAGGACUACUACGACUACGCCGCCGGCAACGACCUCUCCCCACAGACCCCCGAGGAGCAGUACCAGUUCCAGUCUCAGCAGCAGAACCAGCAGGAGGUCAUCCCUGCCCCCACUCAUGAUGCUGCUGAGACAGAGCCAACCGAGCCGGGACCCCUAGACUGUCAAGAGGAGCAGUACCCUUGCACUCGGCUCUACUCGGUCCACAAACCCUGCAAGCAGUGCCUGAACGAGAUCUGCUUCUACAGUCUCCGCAGGGUUUACGUGAUCAACAAGGAGAUCUGCGUCCGCACGGUCUGUGCCCACGAGGAGCUCCUCAGGGCGGACCUUUGCCGGGACAAGUUCUCCAAGUGCGGGGUGCUGGCAACGAGCGGCCUGUGCCAGACGGUGGGCCUCUCUUGCGCCAGGAGCUGCGGCGGGUGCUGAACCCCUUUGGUGGGUGCUGAAUGAAGUGGCCAAUGAACAGACCCCCAGACCGGUCAACAGCCCCCCAACGGGACAGGGUCAUCCCUCCUCUGCCACAACGCCUUUUGUAUCCCACGGCACUUGUCCUUUUUCGUACGGAAACGUGUUACGGCCCGCCUGCAAAUCCCGAAUGGCGGGUUCGACUCGCCGAUCCCCCUUUUUUGUAUGAGCAACACCCCCUACUAUUAAAAAGGAACAAGUGUC